AAAACUUUGUUUACAUCUCAUCCAACAACUGAAGAUUAUCACAGUAAAAAUACCUAUUUGCUCACACCACAGACAGCCGCCUCUUAGCCUGCAUUCAGGGGCGCACGAAGCCGCUGCGGGAAACCCACCCCCCGCUCGGUGUGGAGGCUCUGGGCGGCCUGCUCUGGUCCCACAGCCUUGGGCAGAGGUAGGGGGAAGACACAGAGAACCAUAACGUCUUAAGGGAUGAGUUACAUGAGACAGAAAAAAUGCUCGGACCCCAGUAGGCCUUGAAAACUGACCGGUUCGCUUGCCUUUUGCUGGGUGGUAAACUUAGUAGCUUAGCAAAAACUGUUGGAUUUUGUGAAUUGGGAAUUUGGGAUGGGCACGCGUGGGCCAUUUGUCUCUGAUCCAUGUGGUGAAUUUUGGGGCCGUUGGAACCAGAGGAUCCCCUCCCAAGGUGGCUUCUUCACUCCUGUGUCUGGGUCUUGGUGCCCUGUGGCCUCCCACUCCCCACAUGGCAUUUUGGGCUACAGGGCCUCUCCUUGUAGCAGGGUGGCCUCCGGGUAGUAGCCUUCUGUGGGGGCUCGGGACUCCAAGAGCAGGUGUUCCAGGGUGCUAAGGAGAAGCUGUUAGGCUUCUUCUGACCCAGCCUUGGAAGCCCCGUAUAUCACUUCUUGUGCAUUCUGUUGGUCAAGCAGGUUGCUAAGGGAAGCUCAGAUUCAUUAAAGACAAAUCAGAUGACGCCUAGUCAUCUCCAGAGCAGAAAGCUCUAGUCCGUAAAAGAGCUGGCCGUAAAACUCCUUUGGGGAGUAAAUCAGUUUUGCCCAACAACUAUUUUGUAUUCGAGGAGAAAGCCCGAACCGUAACACAUUGUUUAUUCUACUUGUAUUUGAUUUUUGCCUCAGUGCAGUCAAAUCAGUGCUCCUGGCUUUAAUUAUGGUGAUAAUGCUAAUUGUGUAUGGACGGCAGUGGCAAGAGGGAGCUGUUUUAAGUAGGGGUGGCUGGGAACACGAUGGUGCCGUUGAUCGAAAUAGGAAACUCAGGAGGAGAAAAAGUUGGGGCCACACAGUACAGUGAUGCUUUAGACCACAAGGAACAAAAAUGCCAACUCAAAGCAGCCUUAAAACUUCGCUCAGAAGUAGUCUGGAGCAGGUAAUUCCAGAUGUGGUUCAACUCCCAGAUGUCAGUGCUCAGUUCACUGCCCUCAGAGUCUUUGACCUUCUUUCGUGGUGCUAGCUGGUCACCUCCACUCCACACAUCACAGUGCCACAGUAACAGAGAAAGGAACGAGUCUCUCCUGAUGGCUGUCACCUCCAGAAGGUCCACACCAGCUUUCUGCUAAGUCCCACAGGUCAGGGUUGGGUCAGAUUUCCACGUGCUAGCUUCAGAGCCUAGCGAAGCUGGUGUUGGCAUUUUCAGGCUUUUUCAUGGGAAGCCAGCUCAGCUGGUAAGGGAGAAAGGCAUUAGGUAGGUAACCAAUGAUGUCUGUCACAGUGAUGAAUUCCAUUUUCUCUCCCUACACAGUUGAUAAAGGCUCACUUAGAAAGCUUAUAGAGCUUGAAUUAGAGAGGCUAAGUCAUGACUGUAAUAAAUUAGUAUUUUCUACAAGCCAGUUAGUUUCUCAGUGGGCUUUUCCCUUCUGCUCUGUGAUUGAGAGCUGAUCCCACUGCUUCAUAACAAAUAAAAGAUUUGAUUGUUUUCCUCUUCUGCAGUUUGAAUGAAAGGUCUGUGGCUGCCAUGAAGACAUGUACCCACUCUGUUAUGUAGCUCCAGGAUUGCCUUUCCGGUGUCACCGCAUAUUGGAUAUCUCUGUAUGUGCUCUUAGAUAUGUACCCACUGCCUUACAGGAGCGUGAAAAUUCUAUAGACAUUAUGAGCCAUGUUUGUUUUAGAGUCUGGGGGCUCAGAAAACUCCCUGACAUUUAGUCUGAGUUGAAUGAGGACAGCCAAUUCUUGCUCACCUGAGUGGCAGAGGCGGGCUGAGCUGAGCAGAGCCUGUGACACACGUAAAGCUGAGAAAGGAAGAAACUGUCUUGGCUCAGAAGGGGCCGAGUUUGGGCAACUGGGAUUGCAGGGUAUACUUGUACAUUAUAUCCACAAUAUCUGCAGUGAUUGACUAAGCUGGAUAAAGCUGGAAUCCUUUUUUCUGUAGGUCUGUAAUUGUAAUUGUCUAAUCUGUAAUUGCCCAACUGUGAUAUUUUUCACCCAAUAAAAAAUCACAUGCCAUAAAUUUAAGCUGAGGUGUCACUGUGGGUACCUUUGUGAAUGAAAAGGAGGGGAGGGGUGGGGAGACCUGAGGAAGGAGGCUCUAAAUCUCAUCUUCUAUCUGUAGCGGUUCAUUCAGUCCUCUGACAUUGGUGGAAUGCCUACCGCGCUGUCAGUACCGGGGAUGGAAGAACAGAUAAAGGCUAUCAGCUGCAAAGGUCAACACAGUAUAUCAUACACUCUGUCAAGGAAUCAGACCGUGGUGGUGGAGUACACACAUGAUAAAGAUACGGAUAUGUUUCAGGUGGGCAGAUCAACAGAAAGCCCUAUCGACUUCGUUGUUACAGACACGAUUUCUGGCAGUCAGAACAACGAUGAGGCCCAGAUCACACAAAGCACCAUCUCCAGGUUUGCCUGCAGGAUUGUCUGUGACAGGAAUGAACCUUACACUGCACGGAUAUUCGCAGCCGGAUUCGACUCCUCCAAAAACAUAUUUCUUGGAGAAAAGGCAGCAAAAUGGAAAAACCCCGAUGGCCACAUGGACGGGCUCACUACGAACGGCGUCCUAGUGAUGCAUCCCCGAGGGGGCUUCACUGAGGAGUCCCAGCCUGGGGUCUGGCGUGAGAUCUCUGUCUGUGGAGACGUGUACACCCUGCGAGAAACCAGGUCAGCCCAGCAAAGAGGAAAGCUGGUGGAAAGCGAGACCAACGUCCUGCAGGACGGCUCGCUCAUCGACCUGUGCGGGGCCACGCUCCUCUGGAGGACGGCAGACGGCCUGUUCCACACUCCCACGCAGAAGCACAUCGAAGCCCUGCGGCAGGAGAUCAACGCCGCCCGGCCGCAGUGCCCCGUGGGCCUCAACACCUUGGCCUUCCCCAGCAUCAACCGGAAGGAGGUGGUGGAGGAGAAGCAGCCCUGGGCCUACCUCAGCUGCGGCCACGUGCACGGCUACCACAACUGGGGCCACCGCAGCGACACGGAGGCCAACGAGCGGGAGUGUCCCAUGUGCAGGACUGUGGGCCCCUACGUCCCGCUCUGGCUCGGCUGCGAGGCGGGCUUCUAUGUGGACGCCGGACCGCCCACUCACGCUUUCGCGCCCUGUGGACACGUGUGCUCGGAGAAGUCCGCCAAGUACUGGGCCCAGAUUCCGCUGCCUCACGGCACGCACGCCUUCCAUGCCGCCUGCCCUUUCUGUGCCACGCAGCUGGUUGGGGAACAGAACUGCAUCAAAUUAAUUUUCCAAGGUCCGGUGGACUGACGCCCCUGACAGCCAUCCACGACUUUAUUAACAAGUUACUGUGAAGAUUUUGCCACUAACUCUAGAUUUUACCUUUUUAUAAUGCUGUUUAUUAAGGGGGAGGGGGGCGGGGGGUCGAAGAGGAGGCGCCGAAGCAGGUGGCGUCUAAGAGGGCAGCCGUGUGGUGCAUGCUCUGGCGGCGUGGUCAGUGAGGUGUGCUUGGUGAAACCGCCGUCUUUGUCGGAGUUGGAGUUAAGAUGCCAGGAUUUUAACCUUGGGUUUUCAACGAUGUUUCCUUUGUAAACUUGGACGAGACUUUCAAUCCUACUUGACAAACGUAGAAGAAAUUCCUUCAGAAGGUGCGGCUCUUACUGCACCUUGCGUGCCGAGCCCCGCCUGCGAGUGCUUGACCGAGACGGGGAGCUGAGCGGCCGGCGGGGCUGGCGGGCGGGAGCCCCUGGGCACGGGGGCUCGCUCUGAAAUCGGGGGUUUUCGGAUUUUUCUUUUUUGGGGCAAAGAACAUCCCUGUGCUGCCGUGUUGUUUUUCGUUUGUUUUUUUUUUUACUUUGGUGGAGUUCAGUAACUUUAUCCACCCAGUGAUCAGAUACCUUGGCAUUUCAAAGGAAUUUCCGUAACUUUUAAGCCCGCCUUUUGUUACCUCCGCUGUACGCCUCGUGCACGGCCAGAACCGUUUGAUUAAAAUGCAGCAACUCCUAAAAAUUCAGAAAUGGAGGGUGAUUAUUGCAGCAGUCAGCAUGGCCUCGGUACUGCCCCAUCAAGUUGAUUUGCUUACGGGAUGGUUUAGGAUUUAGGAUUAAAAAUAAGGUUUUACUUUUUAAAACUACUUGUUGGGGUUUCGUAAGUUUUUCUUCCUUAAGGCGGCCAAGAUGCUGGGAGCCUAAAAGCAACCGCUCGCAAGGAUGCAGUCGUUCUGGUUCACUCCCUCCCUGCCAUCUGUCCCCUUCUGCAGCUUACGGAGCCCUGUAAGUUUCGAGAAUGUUUGCAAAUCAAACUAAAUUUAAAUGGGAUCAUUAGAUAUACACAACACCAAGUGGUACAUCUGCAGAGAUAAUUUGAAAUUCCUGAUUUCAAGAGAGCAAAUGAGUGUUUACUGAGGAAUAAUUAAAUCAGAAUUUCAUAUGAGCGCCACCAUCCUUCUGUUAGUUCCGUUCAUUUUGAAGAAUUCUCAGAUGCUCAUUCUCCAUCCUCAGUACAGAUCGCAUCACUGCUCCCAGAAUGUAAAGAUUCUUUAGGCCAGCAGACAGCCACAGCUGGGCGACGCGAAGCAGAUCCCUGCCCCACGCAACAAGUAUUUAUUUAAACUAACAUCCUCUUGAGUUGACCUUUACAGAUUCAUGCUACAUUUUAACCUUUAUAAGGGUAUAGAAUUUAUAGGAUUCUCACAUACUGUGUUCAUACUUGAAUGUCUUUCCAUGUUUUGCCUACUGGUAAAUAUGUUGCCCUAUUUUCAGUUGUUCUAACACAUGGUGAAUGCCUUUUCCUGAAAGUGAUUAGAUUACUCUUGAUUGCUGCUACUUAAUUUGACCUGAUAUCUAAAGAGUUCACCUUCUCGGUUUUAAAAAAGCUUUACUUUUCCAAGGAGAUGAUCUUUGAGGAGGAGACUUUUUUUGUUUUGGUAAUUUUUAAGUGAUGUGAAAAUCCAACAACCGUCCUCUUCUUGAUACCUUACUCUUUUCUGUAGGUAAUUUCAUUUUCUUUUUGUCUGCAGGUAGAGUAAGUCAUAACGUAUCAGAUGCCUUUUAGGUAGUCUCUGUCCCCAAGGAUUAGCUUUCACGUAGAGUGUCUUUUCAGUUUGGGCUCCUUUGGGCUCCACAAAAUGACAAAGGAGGCAACAGUCCCUUUUCUUGCUGUUACGGCUACAACGUGGUUUGAUGAAUCUUGAUACCCUAAAAGCAUCUUGUAAGGUAAAUGGCCUUGCAUCUAGAAGGGCUGGAUUUUCCCUGUCAGAAACAUUUCUGUAAAGUUACGAUCUGCAGUAAUCUUCCAUUUCAAGGACUGUAAUAGUUCGGGGUCUAGCGGUUUUACAGCAACAUAUGCCCCCAAAUAAUCUUCCAAUGUGAAAAGUGGGUUGUGGGGUUUUUUUGGACUUUUAGUAGAUGGAGAUAGCAAAGUAAAAGUUGAACUUGGGAGGGGGUAACGGUGCCCUGCCCUCUAUCCAUAUCGCAUCUCCUUUGACCUCCAAGUGAGGUCCCCUCCCAUUCCGCCAAAGGAACAGCAGCGAGGGGGCAAGUCUGCAAAAAGAGGCCGUGCUCAUCUUGGCCGCUUCUAGUAAGAGUCUCUUAGAAUUUGAACUAAGGAGUUUUGUCUAGAGCUGAGAGCAGUUCAGUUUGUGAGAAGAAAGAGCUCCAGCUCUAUGGAGUAAUGCAGUUUAGAAAAAGUAACUUCUGUUUUUGUCCUGCUUGCCACCACAUUAAGGCGUGAGUCCCACUCCCCCACGUGUCUAUGUAGGAAACUGCUGACCCGACGAUCCUGAUCUUGGCCUGACUAAAAUGCCUUUUGUGAAUAGGUCACCAGAAGUAAAACCCCAGUGCUGUAUUCCCGUAGUUAAUUUUUUCAGUUGUCAGUUUACUAUUAAAAAAAAAAAAAAAAAGGUGGAUGGGCUACAACUCUGAAUAUUUUUCUAGUCUGGAAUUUUUUUUAUUAAUCAUCGGUGCUGUCGGGUCAUGCAUGCUGCAACUCAACAUUUCCCUUAUUUGGUUUCGCUUUUUGCAAAAAGGGCUACGGUUCACACUGCAGAGUAAGUACUAAACUUUCUGGGGGGUUUUUUCCCCCCCAACUGUGGCCCAAAAGAAUUAAAAUCUUUUAAUAUAAAUAGCAUAUUUAUCAUUCCUUGUUAAUUAAAGAGUUUGGUACCUUUGUGCCUCAGGGAAGCCACGUGAUAUAACUGGUUAUAGAAUUUCAGGGUUAGGGUUUAAAGAAAGGAAAAAGCCAUUGGAAAAAUGAUGGGCUCCAUGAAGGAGACUAAUGAAUCUGGAUGCAGAAAUAUGCCAGGAACUGGCAUACACAUGAUUGUAAUAGUAUUUCCAGUGUCAAUAGGGAAAUCUUAAGUUAUUGCAUAUACUGCAUUAGGAAAGUUGAGAAUUCUUCAUGAAGCUUCGGUAGCUUUAUUUUUGCUUACUUAAAACUCAAACCCAUGUGUUUUGGGAGCUCAGUAUUGUGAUUUGGGCACUUUUGAAAGUUAAAGGGAGCAUGUUUUCUCCUUUUCUCAUAGGUUACAGAAUUGUUACCUGCAGUUCUAUGAUUUUGAUCAACUUUUUUAAAGCCAUUCUGUGCUUUGGAUUCGUGUGAAAGGAUGUGUGAUCACGGCAUUGUUCAUGCUGGCUACAAGCUACUUAUCUUCAUGCAAUUUUGCCUUGUAACAGUGGAAUUUCUGAUAGGCGAACCACAGAACCUUGAUUUUAAGCCAGAUCCAGCUCCAUUCCCUUGGCAGGCGAUCUUCUAUCCCCGUAGUUUAGCCUUCAUGGGCUGAGGGUAUGAAGUUCCUCCUCCAGGGCUGGAAAUGGAGCAGAGCUCUGUUAUCAUUUCUUUACGACCCAAAGGCCAAUGAGACAACUCCAGGAUUUUUUUUUUUUUUUAGAAGAACGUAAGCAUUACUAGAGUAGUAAAACAAAAGAAGGUUCAGUGUUUCUUUUCAGUAAAACUUAAAUCCUCUUAAGUCUUUGCCCUCAUGAAAAAGCCCUAGAGGAAGAGAGGAAAAAGCAAAUAUUUUUCCAGUUCUACUUAACUGUUUCUAAACAAAAAUAAACUUGAUGAAAGGGAAAUUAUUUCUUUUUAGCUGAGAUGACAGAUUGUUUCUCUGUAUUAAAUAGUCUAGAAGUUAGGGGUGGUCAUAUUUACCAUGUAUAGUGUUAUGAGCAGUUAAAUUUUAUGGAUAUAUUUGUAAAACUGUUCUUUUAUAUUUCAUGUCAAAUUGAAAAGUUUAUUUCUUCACUAUUGUACCUGUGGAAAUACAAGCCAUUUUACAGAAAAAAAAAUCUUCAAAAAUUAUUAAACGGAUCUCAGUA